GCCUCUAUGUCUAUGAACCAUAAUCACGCUGUCGACACUAAUGACCUCUCGAAAACGACGGCGGCAAGGUCGUCUGUCCCUCGGACAAAGGGCUACUUCGCGUUCCCGCCUACCGUAACUCCAGAUGGACGCGUCGUCUUCACCUUCACGGUCAACGAGGACCCACAAACAGCGCAUGAGCGCGAAGAACGAGCUGCGCGCGCAGUCGAGGCUGAGCGGCAGGAGCGUCUGAAGGAAGAGGCCUGGCAGGAAAAACUCCGGCGGGAUGCCCAACAACGCGAAAAGCGUCGGGCGCAGGAACGCGCCGAGGCCCUCAUCGGCGAGAUGGACUGGGUGCGCAGCGGCGGUUCUCUGCGUGAUGCGAAUGGGCGCCUCGACAAGGUGCGCACGGAGCAACUACGCGAGGAGGUCCGAAUCUUGGACGAAGACACACGACUUACGAAGUUGUGGGACAGCUACGAGACGCGAUGGCGCGCCCUCCUCGCGACCACCGACCCCGUUACGUUCACGCAUAUCCCUUGGCCUCUGCCUGUUUUCCCCAAGGCCGUGGACGAGCUGGCUCCCGCCGCGAUAGAGGAAUUUCUGCUCGGACCAUUGCGAGUGAGGAAGAACACAGUUACGAAGCGCGAGCGCAUCCGCGCGUCUUUGCUGCGAUGGCACCCCGACAAGAUUUCCAAUUUGUUGUCGAGGGUCAUUGACGAGGAUCAGGCGGUAGUGCGCGAAGGUGUCCAUGUGGUCUUUCGCUGUCUGAAGGCUAUGCAAGACUCGGAUAGGCGGAAUCCUGACAUGACAGUCAGUUCGGCGUAGACGGCGAUGAUCAGUUUCGUGCGGCCCCGGUCAUUGAAAUCAGGUUGUGGUUGUCGGACGGUCUAUCUGUGUCAUACGUACUCGGACGGACGAAAGAUUGUGUAGCAGUAUGGCCCUCGAUUGACAGUCGCCAUGAGAGUUGUAUCAUGAUACCAUCGUUCACCCCAACUGUCAAUGCGUACAUAGGGUAUCCUCGCCUUGUACCAACCUUGUGCUGUACAGAUUUUUGUAGCGCGUGCAUAGCUCCCUGAUACCACA